AUGUACCCUGGGAUAACGCUUCGUGCCUCUCUUCUUGCAGGGGGUUAUGAGCGCUUCUCCUCGGAGUACCCUGAAUUCUGUGCAAAAACCAAGUCCCUGAGCAAUGUGUCACCCCCCACCAGCGCCGAGCCCCUGGAUUUGGGCUGCAGUUCCUGUGGGACCCCCCUUCAUGACCAGGGUGGCCCUGUGGAAAUCCUUCCCUUCCUCUACCUUGGCAGCGCCUACCAUGCUCCCAACCACUUCGAGGGGCACUACCAGUACAAGUGUAUCCCCGUGGAGGAUAACCACAAAGCUGACAUCAGCUCCUGGUUCAUGGAGGCAAUAGAGUACAUCGACUCUGUGAAGGAGUGUUGCGGCCGGGUCCUAGUCCACUGCCAGGCUGGUAUCUCCCGCUCAGCCACCAUCUGCUUGGCUUACCUGAUGAUGAAGAAGCGUGUCAAGCUGGAGGAGGCCUUUGAGUUUGUCAAGCAGCGCCGGAGCAUCAUCUCCCCUAACUUCAGCUUCAUGGGGCAGCUGCUGCAGUUUGAGUCGCAGGUGUUGGCCACCUCAUGUGCAGUGGAAGCCGUCAGCCCCUCAGGGACACUGCGGGAGCGAGGAAAGGCCACCUCCACCCCUACCUCCCAGUUUGUCUUCAGCUUCCCAGUCUCUGUCGGUGUCCAUGCCACCCCCAGCAGCCUCCCAUACCUGCACAGCCCCAUCACCACCUCACCCAGCUGUUAG